AUGCAAGUGAAGAAUUUGGGUAAGCAGGAACCUGGUUCUGAUUCUGGGCAUGACUCAGUCUCUUCCUCAAGUGUCCUUGAAAAUCCGACUGGUGAUUCGGGGUCAGCUCAUAGCGAUGCGGAAUCCGUGUCCCGUCCAUCAACCGGGGCCCCAAUCCAGGAGUCAGCAAUGCUUUUAGCCGCGCCUUCUCCAACAUUGCCAGUCACCAAGCGGAAACCUCCGUCAUUAUCGCAACUAGUUUCGAUCGAUAAGAAAACUCCGUCACCUGUGACCUCAUCAACUUUGACAUCAAGGUCAAGUCCAUGUCCUUCGUCGUUCUCGUUGAAUUCUCCUGCGACUCCGUCAACCACGUCGCCGCCAUCAAUGCCUUUAUCAAUGUCUUCUUCGUUGAUAUCUCCAUCAUCUCACCCGUCACACGAAACAACCGAAAGCUCGGCAUCAUCGCAUACAAUGUCCUCUUGCUUUCCUGCAUUCUUGCCAUCUUCUGACACAGCAGCUAAAGGCGAACCACCGGAACAAGCUUCUUCACUCGGACACCAACCGACACCGCCAACCACUUCCUCUGCUCUGUCUGACGUCACACGCGCUUCAUCAAUCGAUCAACGUCGCUCUUUCGAUUAUCAACUGACUCAUGCUUUGAAGGUGAUUGCUUCUGACUCCAACACAAAUUCAACUCUACGAAGCGAUGAUGGAACACCUAUAGCGACCGACGAGUCGCCGAAACCGCAGAAACAACAACUUCAACAAUUCACUUCGUCGCUUCGCUCCAAUACUCCACUCGUUGUGCCUGCUUUUAACUCGACCCAGCAAUCGGAGAAAGCGCCAUCUUCGCCAAAAACAACCAAUCAACGUUUCAGAACCAAUAAUAUCUUGUCGCGCAUGCUCUUACCAACUUUCAAUGUUUCCUCUUCGGCGUUUUUCUCUUCGUCUGCUUCUUCUUCUCCGGGAUCACCUUCAUCUAUCUCUCCCUCUUCACUCUACCCGCCUCCUUCUUCACUCGCCUCUGAAAUUCCAUUAUCUCCGUUGCCUACAGCACCUCCACCAACACCGCCACCACCAACAACACCACCACCGCCGCCGCCGACUUCCUUGUUGACUUCCCCGACCUCAACGCCUCCAUCGUCGUCUCCACCUUAG